AUUUGUGCGGUCUCUGGUGGAAGCCCACGGGGUUUUGUGAGACUCAAUUUCCCCAAGUUUCAAAAGGGGACAAUAACUCCAGACCUCCCCACUUCCCGGGAGCAGAGACUGCCAAAUGAGACAUAGCUGCGAAGCGCCUCCCGCAGCGAGCCUUUCCGCACCGGGCUGGGCAACCCCUUCCUUCCAGGCCUCAGCGGAUGCCCGCCGCGCCCCACCCCCGCCGCCCGGCCCGGUUAUCUUCCCCUCCCGUGGGGCUCCGAGGCGUGCUUUGAGUUGUUUAUCUAGCAGGAGUUGAGGGCUUCCAGUGUGCUAGGUGGGGAGGAGGGGCGCCACGGAGGGCAGACCGACACUUUGUGAAAGUCCCCAAGGGCUCCGCAACAGCCAGGAGACAGACACCGAACCUAGCGCACAGAGACCAAAACCGCGGCUGGGAGGUUCCUCCGUCUCAGACGCCAGCCAGAGCAUGAGCCUUAGCCUCCUGGCAGCUCUGCGAGGACACGAUUUUGAGACCCCCGUGCCACCAAGGACCCGAGGAGGGGGAGGGGACGCGAGGCGGGCGGCUUGACUGAGCAGGAGGCAGAGGGGGUCAGGACCUUGCUGGAGCGGCGAACCGGGAAAGACAGGCUGCAGAAACAGAGCCCAUGAACUACAGGAACCGGGUCUGGAACGUGAAGCGAGACGUGGAUGGAGGGGCUGGGGCCCCCGCUUCUUUGCAGCUCUCAGGAGGUCCUCCAGUGGGGAACCUUAGGCUGCUUCUCAGUACCUUGGCGUGAAGCUCUAGCACUGCCCGGCCACUGCCACCCCAGGUCCCCUGGCACACAGUCCCCUCCGUGCACACCCACACUGGACUUGGCUUACCCCAGGCCCAACCUGAAAGCCACCUCUCCAGUUGGAGCAUGUGCCAUCUCUACUGACGCUGGCACUGUGACUCUGUCCCCUGCUCCCCCUCCCGCUGUGUGCCGGCAUCAGCACCAAGCUUGGGGCCUGGAACCAGGAGGCAUGGGAGGCAGAGAAGCUCCAGGAGAACUCAGAGCUGGAGUGACCCAGCCCUGAAGGAGGUGCACAGGGCGCAGGGAGGCCGGACUACGAGGUCUCCCAGGGCAUCCAGGGCCAAGGAAUCGGCCACCACGGUUCCUAAAUGUCAAACGUGGAGCCCUUCCCGAGCACUGUCACUGGGGCCCGGGUGUAAGAGUGGAAGGGGGUGCAAGCCACAGAGGCGGGAAGCUCAGAAAUAACUGGCUUUGAACACCAAGCAGCCAGUGCAACGGAGGACCAUGUGUCGCUAUCGCACUCUCCGGGCUGACCUGCUGAAGAAAGAUAAGGGGCGCGCCCUGCAUCCCGCCGCCUUCGCCCCGCAGGGCCAGGUCCCCAGGUGGACAGCAGCCCAGCCUGGGCAAGCCACAGCUCGGACCUGGGGCCUGUGGGACACCAGAGGGAGAGGAGGUGGACCCCCACCCACUCACACAAGGCUAGCAGCCUACCGGCAUGCGCCUCUCACCUGCGCUGCCCGCACCCCCGCAGCCCAGAGGAAGUGCCACUCAGCUUCAGUUAGAGCAGAGGAAACUUUGGGGAAGGCCAGGGUUCCUGUCACGUGACCCCACCCUAGCUCACUCACAGUCCCCUCCGCCUUGGUGUCUGCCGAAGGGGCUCCCUCAGGAAUUGGCGCCUUGGUCCCCAGACCAAGACCUUGCAGCUUCCCGUCUGGUUCCCGUGUCCCUCGUCCCUCCUGAGAGCAGAGGUUGAACCCGUGCCCCACCCCCUACCACCAGGAUGUUGCACCAGUGGUCAGCACCGUCAGGGCAGACCCCAAGGGGGCCAGGACCGCCGCCAGAGGCUGAGGAGCUCUGGGAGCAAGAGAUGGAGAGGCUGCGUGCCUCCCAGGAACCGCUGCGCUCACUGCCCUAUGCCAUGACGGACAAGCGCUUCAUCCGGCAGAUGCGGGAGCCCAAGGGCGUGGAGAUGACCUGCUGGCAGCGGUGGCGGCAAAGACAGCAGACCUUGGGACGGCGCCUGAGGGAGGCGGCGCGGCGGCUUGCCUGGGGCUUCGGGCUCUGGGAGGGGGCGCUGUAUGAGAUCGGGGGCCUCUUUGGCUCAGGCAUCCGGUCUUACUUUACCUUCCUCCGCUUCCUGCUGCUGCUCAACCUGCUCACUGUGCUACUGACUGCCAACUUCGUGCUGGUGCCCCUCGCCUGGCUCCAGCCCCCAGGCCCAAGUCCCACCCUGAACUUCACCCUCCAGUGCCCCGGCAGCCACCAGCCCCAGACUUACGCUCCAAGGUUCCACAAUCAGCUUUGGAAUGUUUUAACUGGCAGGGCCUUCAACAACACCUAUCUCUUCUAUGGUGCAUACCGGGCGGGGCCUGAGAGCAGCUCUGCGUACAGCAUCCGCCUGGCCUACCUGCUCUGCCCACUGGCCUGCCUGCUGCUCUGCUUCUGUGGGACUCUGCGGCGGAUGGUGAAAGGGUUGCUGCAGAGGCCGGGGUUGGACCAGGACUACAGGGUGCCCCUCAGUGCCAAGGUCUUCUCAUCCUGGGACUUCUGCAUCCACGUGCAGGAAGCAGCCACCAUCAAGAAGCACGAGAUCAGCAAUGAGUUCAAGGUGUACCUGGAGGAGAGCCGCCGCCGCCAGCAGGUGCAGCGGGACACUCCCACCCAGCGCGCCUGCCGCCUGCUCAGCUACCUGCGAGUCAAUGUCCUCAAUGCGUUCCUGGUGGUUGGGGCCAUCAGCGCCAUCUUCUGGGCCACUAAGUACUCACAGGACAACAAGGAGGAAUCCCUAUUCGUGGUGCUUCAGUACCUGCCCCCUGGGGUCAUCUCGCUGGUCAACUUCCUGGGUCCCCUGCUAUUCAUGUUCCUGGUCCAGCUGGAGAACUACCCUCCUAGCACCGAGGUCAACCUCACCCUCAUCUGGUGUGUGGCGCUGAAGUUGGCCAGCCUGGGGAUGUUCUCCUUCUCUCUGGGUCAGACCGUGCUGUGUAUCGGCAGAAACAAGACCAGCUGUGAGACCUACGGCUACAACGCCUGUGACUAUCAGUGCUGGGAAAACUCAGUGGGUGAGGAGCUGUACAAGCUGAUCAUCUUCAACUUCCUCCUCACGGUGGCCUUCGCCUUUUUCGUCACCCUGCCUCGGAGGCUGCUGGUGGAGCGGUUCUCAGGCCGGUUCUGGACUUGGCUGGGCCGGGAAGAGUUCUUGGUGCCCAAGAACGUGCUGGACAUCGUGGCGGGGCAGACGGUCACCUGGAUGGGCCUCUUCUACUGCCCCCUGCUGCCCCUGCUCCACAGCGUCUUCCUUUUCCUCACCUUCUACAUCAAGAAGUACACCCUCUUGAGGAACUGCAGGUCGUCCCCUCGGCUCUUCCGCGCCUCCAGCUCCACCUUCUUCUUCCAGCUGGUGCUGCUCCUAGGCCUGCUCCUGGCAGCGGUGCCCCUGGGCUUUGUGGUCAGCAGCACCCACUCCUCCUGGGACUGUGGCCUCUUCACCAACUACUCAGCACCCUGGCAGGUGGUCCAGGAACUGGUGGCUCUGCGGCUCCCGCCCCCUGGCCAGCGUGCCCUCCACUAUCUCAGCUCUCACGCCUUCGGCUUCCCCCUCCUCAUCCUCCUCAGCCUCAUUCUGGUCGUGUGCUGCUGCCAGUCCCAAGCCAAUGCAAGGGCCAUCCAUAUGCUCCGGAAGCAGCUGGUGUGGCAAGUCCAGGAGAAGUGGCGCCUGGUGGAGGAGCUGUCGCGGCUGUUACAGGAGCCAGGCUCGAACGAAUCUCCGAUCCCGGACUCCCCUCACUUCCGAACUUCACGCCCAAGGUCCUUCGGCCCCGGAUUCCCCAGCCCAGGCUCCCCGGGUCCCAGGGACCCCGGCAGGGACUCUCCCACACAGACCCCGCCCUGGUUGAGCUCCUCCUACCCGGGAUCGCUCGGUGCCCCGGCCCCCGGCCCCCGGCUCCGCUUCCCCAGCGGCGCGGAGCUGUUGCUGUAGCACCACUCGGCGUGCCUCACGGCUGGACCUGGAGCACGCACUUUCUCACCCUGGCUCCUGGAGAGGACCGUCUUCACACACACCGACAGGGCUCCCCAAAGAGGUCCGCACAUCCCCAGGGGCAGCAGGAAGACCAUAUGAGAAUUUCUAUUUUUUCAUCUCAUCCCUUUAAAAUUUCUAUUUUUUACUGAAUAUUUUAUAGUGCACGUAAUACAUUAUUAUAGUAACCCAUAAACACAAUUCACAAAUAA